AUGCCUCGAGAUUCCUCGACCCGGCCGUCACACCGCCGGCACGAGUCGACCGAGGAGCGCGACCAACGACGCAAGACUAGAAGAGCCCAGCAGGACGACGACAGACCUCGCCGCGCCAAGAGACCACCUACGACCACCACGACCACCACAGACUCGGAACAGAGCCGCCCCGAACGCAGCUCGCGCGCCCACGCCCUCUCGGCCGAUGCUCUGGCGCAGCUCAACAGCGCUGGCGGCCCUGUGCGCGACGACAGCCCCGACCUCGAGAGGGAAGAGCGGCAGCGGGGGCGGAGGGAACGGCGACGCCGGCGGCGAGAGCGCGAAGAGGCUGGCGAGAGGCGCAAGACCAGGCCCGACGACGAGAGGCGGAGGCCGAGUCGCCAGCCGCCGGGCGAACGGACGCGCAGCCGACACGAUGACGAAGAGCAGAGGCGCAGCCGCCUUGACGACGAACGGAGACGGGCCUUGGUCGAGGAGAGGUGGCGUCUCGAGGACGAACGACGGCAGGCGAGGUAUGAGGACGCCCCGAGGACGAAGAGGACCGUGCGGCGCGAGCGGCGCGGCGGCGACGACGACUUCUCCGAUGUCGAGUAUGAGAAGCCUCGGAAGCAGAAAAAAGGCACCAAGGACAGGCGGAUCGUCAGCGGCGCUGCUCUCGAGGAGGGCCAGGGAUGGAAGAUUGGUGGCUUCUUCGGCAGGCUCAGGGGUGGCGGCAGCAGUGCUGUGCCCACGAAGGACUUGGACGACUCGGACUACGACCCGCCGGUGCGGCCGGUCCGCAAGAAGAGGAAACUCUGGAUCUGCAUGGGCGUUUCGGUCGUUCUCAUCAUCAUCAUCGUCGUCGUGGCCGUCGUCGUCUCGAAGAACAACUCGUCAGACAGCAGCGCCAGCGCAGACGCCGACCUCAAGGACAAGGACAAGGACAGCAUUCCGAUGCAGUGGCGCGGCACGUACCUCGACCCCUUCAGCUGGGACAACACGGACGAUUUCAAUGUCACCUUCACCGACGCGACGGUGGGCGACCUGCCCGUCAUGGGCCUCUUCGACGACUGGGACGACUCGGCGCGCUGCAACGACAAGGUGCCGCCGCUCGACAAGGCUUGGGGCUCGUACGACAAGCGGCCGGCGCGGGGCGUCAACGUGGGCGGCUGGCUCGUGCUCGAACCCUUCAUCACACCGUCGCUCUUUGCCUACGACAAGCGCCUCGGCAUCAUCGACGAGUGGACGCUGAGCACGCACCUCGGCAAGCGCCAGACGGCCGAGGUGCUCGAGGCACACUACGCGAGCUUUGUCACCGAGUCGACGUUCAAGGAGAUCCGGGACGCCGGGCUCGACCACGUGCGCAUCCCGUUCGGCUACUGGGCCGUCGAGGUGUGGGACGACAGCGACCCGUACCUCGCGCGGACGUCGUGGCGGUACCUGCUGCGCGGCAUCGAGUGGGCACGCAAGUACGGCCUCCGCGUCAAGCUCGACCCGCACGCGCUGCCGGGGUCGCAGAACGGAUGGAACCACUCGGGCCGCUGGGGCGCCAUCGGCUGGCUCAACGGCACGGCGGGCACGGAGAACCGCAGGCGCUCGGUCGAGAUGCACGACCGGCUGUCCCAGUUCUUCGCGCAGCCGCGGUACAAGAACAUCAUCACCUUCUACGGCCUCGCCAACGAGCCCAAGAUGACGGAGCUGUCGACGGCGGACGUCAUCGCGUGGACGGAGGAGUGCUACGCGCUCGUGCGCAAGAACGGCGUCGACGCCGUCGUCGUCUUCGGCGACGGGUUCUGGGUCUGGCACAAUUGGCAUGGACGCUUGACGGGCUACGACGACAUGCGGCUCGACGUGCACAGCACUGUUAGAACAAGCAAAUCUUUUCAAACCAAGCAGCAUACAAGUGUGUAG